GAUUGCCCACAAUGAAUCCAAUCGUCUACGCCCUAUUGUUCAGUUUGGUGGCGGGCCUAACCGCCGCCGAGAAGUCGGACUACUGCCUGAGUGAGAUCGUCAAGUCGGACGAGAGAAUCCGUUCGCACGGAUAUCCAACGGAGACGCACCAGGUGACCACCUCGGACGGCUAUGUGCUGACCCUGUUCCGCAUCCCGUACUCCCAUAAGCUGAAGAACCAGAACGAGAAUCGUCCAGCGAUUCUCCUGCAGCACGGACUGUUCAGCAACUCGGACUGCUGGCUCUCCUCGGGACCGGAUAACUCGCUGGCCUACCUCCUCGUGGAUGCGGGCUACGAUGUUUGGUUGGGAAAUGCCCGUGGUAAUAUCUACUCGCGGGAGAACAACCUCAUCUCGCUGAAUAGCCACAAAUUCUGGCACUUUGACUGGCACGAGAUCGGUUCCAUCGACAUCCCCGCCAUGGUGGACUAUAUCUUGGCCAUAACUGGACAGGCACAGAUUCACUAUGCCGGCCACUCGCAGGGAACCACCGUCUUCUUGAUUUUCCUGAUCAUGCGUCCUGAGUACAAUGCCUUUAUUAAGUCGGCACAUUUGCUGGCCCCAUGUGCCUACUUCGGAAACGGAUCCUCCUUUAUCUUCAAGCUCCUGGUUCCUUUGGUGGGUGAACCGGGUGGACUGUGGAACCAACUGAUGGUGGACACCGAACUGAUACCGCACAAUAACCUCGUCAACCGUGUGGUGGACAACAGCUGCCAUAUGUCCAACACGAUCUGCAACAAUGCCUUCAUCAUGUUCGCCAAUGGCGGUUAUGUGAAUUCCAAUGCGAGCUCCAUGAGCGUCCUGAUUGAGACCCACCCGGCUGGCUCCUCCAGCAACCAGGGCAUCCACUACCUGCAGUUGUACAAGUCCGGUGAGUUCCGCCAAUACGAUUGGGGCACCAAGAAGAACAUGGAGCUCUACGGCCAGGAAUUGCCACCCGAUUACGAUCUCAGCCUGAUCACCGCCCCCACGCAUUUGUACUCGAGCAACAACGACGCCCUUUGCGCACCCAAGGAUGUUGAUAAGCUGGUCGAGAAUUUCGUUAACCUGAAGGAGGAUUAUCGUGUGCCCGUCCAGAGCUUCAACCACUUGGACUUUAUCAUUGCAAGGAACAUGAAGGAGCUGGUCAACGAUCCGAUCAUCGAACGUAUCAACGCCUACGAGGGUCGCUAAAUAAAACAAUAAAGAAAACCGAGAUGCACUAA